AUGACGAGCCACACCGGAGGAGUCCUAAAUCAAGGUCUUGGAGGGCAACACCCAAAGUGGCGUGCGGUCGAGCGGGAGGCACCGUCCAGACAAACAGCCGAUGAACGAGAAGCCAAGUGGGCUCCGAUGGGCUUACUCGAGGCUGGAGACUACACACAGUCACCUCAUCAAUCAUUAGCCAUGCCUUUCUCCACGAUGUUCCUCCACAACAAUUUGAAGCUGAACCUCAGGGCCAUGUCUCUGGCCCACCUGGCGCCCCCGCCAAAAUCACUGCCCGGCAUCUACACUUCGUGUCGCCGGUUACAUAUUUUGUCGCCGCAAACCGACGGCAACACUGGUCCGAAACCCUUGGUUUUCUCCAGAUUUGCUUCUUUUCCUUCGAUGGGGCUUAGGCGCCAUAGAAAUGCCUCUCCGGUGAUUUCGCUGCCGCUCUUUUAUCAGCAGAAUUUUGGGUAUGGAAGGUUUGCAUACGAUGAGUAUGUAUCGGAGGAGGAAGAGUCUGAUAGUGAUUUCCUGUCUCCUUCUAAGCAGUUGAGUGACUCAACUCUUGAUAACGUUGAGGAGUGGCGGAGAAAGUUGACCUCACUCGUCCACCGCAAUGAUGAGCAAGAGGUUGUGUCAAGAGAUAAAAAGGACCGGCGUGACUUCGAGCACAUUUCUGCACUUGCAACUAGGAUGGAAUUGUACAGUCGCCAGUAUGAGAGAGUAGUUGUUUUUAGCAAAGUUCCACUGCCGAAUUAUAGAUCAGAUUUGGAUAGCAAGCGUCCUCAGAGGGAGGUGAUAUUGCCAUUAGGGUUGCAGAGGAUGGCUGCUUCAUAUCUUUCUGCCCACCUUUCGAAAAAGGCUGUGACUAAAGAAAAAUUUGUGCGUGAUGCCAUAUCAACGUCUGAUGCAGGCCAGACUCAGUUUCUUGAUGGAAGGGUUGAUGAGCGAGAGGAUCCCUCAGCCCAAAGUGUCAUAGCUGAGAGAUUUUCUAAACGAAGGAGCUUGCAAAUGCUCAAUAAACAACAAGAGUGGCAAGAAACUUCAGAAGGCCAGGGGAUGCUAAAGUUUCGAAGAAGUCUUCCUGCAUAUAAAGCGAAGGAGACAUUAUUGAAUGCUGUAUCUCAGAAUCAGGUGGUGGUUAUAUCUGGUGAAACUGGCUGCGGAAAAACUACCCAACUGCCACAAUACAUCUUAGAGUCAGAAAUUGAAGCCGCUCGGGGUGCUGCAUGUAGUAUUAUCUGCACCCAACCAAGACGAAUAUCUGCAAUAGCAGUUGCUGAGAGAGUUGCGGCUGAGCGUGGUGAGAAAAUAGGAGAAUCUGUCGGUUAUAAAGUUCGCCUUGAGGGAAUGCGAGGGAGAGAUACUCGUCUCCUUUUUUGUACUACGGGAAUCCUUUUAAGAAGAUUAUUGGUUGAUAGAAAUUUGAGAGGCACUACUCACGUUAUUGUUGAUGAGAUUCACGAACGUGGAAUGAAUGAAGACUUUCUUCUAAUUGUGCUGAAGGAUCUUCUUUCCCGUCGGCCGGAAUUGCGUUUGAUUUUGAUGAGUGCAACCCUAAAUGCUGAACUUUUCUCUUCGUACUUUGGUGGUGCUCCAAUGAUUCACAUUCCUGGUUUUACAUACCCUGUUCGGAGUCUUUUUCUGGAAAACAUUCUAGAAACGACUGGUUAUAGGUUGACUCCAUAUAAUCAAAUUGAUAAUUAUGGUCAAGACAAGAUGUGGAAAAUGCAGAAGCAGACUCUGAGGAAAAGGAAGACCCAGAUAGCAUCAGAUGUCGAGGACGCUCUUAUGGCUACUAAUUUUAAGGAUUAUAGUCCGCGAGUUAGAGAAUCAUUAUCUAGUUGGAAUCCUGACUCAAUUGGCUUUAAUCUCAUUGAGCAUGUUCUCUGUCACAUUUGCCGCAAUGAGAGGCCUGGUGCUGUUUUAGUCUUUAUGACUGGUUGGGAUGACAUAAAUUCUUUGAAAGAUCAACUUCAAGCUCAUCCAUUACUGGGAGAUCCAAACCGAGUUCUUUUGCUUGCAUGCCAUGGUUCCAUGGCCAGUGCUGAGCAGAAAUUGAUAUUUGAUAAACCAGAAGACGGAGUCCGGAAGAUUGUUCUGGCAACAAAUAUGGCUGAAACAAGUAUCACGAUAAAUGAUGUAGUUUUUGUGGUUGAUUGUGGGAAAGCAAAAGAGACUUCCUAUGAUGCUCUAAAUAACACUCCUUGUUUGCUUCCAUCCUGGAUCUCUAAGGCUUCCGCACGCCAAAGGAGAGGUAGAGCAGGGCGUGUUCAACCAGGCGAGUGUUACCAUCUCUAUCCUAGGUGUGUACAUGAUGCCUUCGCAGAUUAUCAAUUACCAGAACUUUUGAGAACACCGUUACAGUCUCUGUGCUUGCAAAUCAAGAGUCUAGAACUUGGGAGCAUUUCGGACUUCUUAUCUAAGGCCCUCCAAUCACCUGAACCUCUAUCUGUUCAAAAUGCUAUCGAUUAUCUAAAGAUGAUUGGGGCUUUAGAUGAAACUGAAAAGCUUACGGUACUCGGACGCAAGUUGUCAAUGCUUCCAGUUGAGCCAAAGCUUGGAAAAAUGUUAACUUAUGGUGCUAUUUUCAACUGCUUGGAUCCAAUAAUGACCAUCGUUGCUAGCCUAAGUGUCAGAGAUCCAUUCUUAAUGCCAUUUGACAAGAAGGAUCUUGCCGAGUCUGCAAAGUCCCAUUUUUCUGCACGUGACUUCAGUGAUCAUCUCACGGUUGUCCGGGCUUUUGAGGGUUGGAAAAAGGCUGAAAGUGAGCAGUAUGGUCAUGAAUACUGUUGGCGGAAUUUUCUUUCUACACAAACAUUGAGAGCUAUUGAUUCCCUUAAAAAGCAGUUUCUUUAUCUCCUCAAAGAUAUUGGUUUAGUUGAAGACAUUGAGAGUUGCAAUAAAUGGAGCCAUGAUGAGCAUCUAAUUCGUGCUAUUAUAUGUGCGGGUCUAUUCCCUGGGAUAUGUUCUGUUGUGAACAAGGAGAAGUCGAUAUCACUAAAGUCGAUGGAGGACGGUUCAGUGCUCUUGCAUUCGAGUUCUGUGAAUGCCCAGGAAGCCAAAAUUCGAUUUCCGUGGCUUGUUUUUAAUGAAAAAGUGAAAGUCAAUUCUGUAUUCCUCCGUGAUUCUACUGGUGUAUCUGAUUCCGCGGUUCUAUUGUUUGGUGGAAAUGUUUCUAAAGGCGGACUAGAUGGCUAUAUGAAAAUGCUGGGUGGUUAUUUGGAAUUCUUCAUGACCCCUGACUUGGCUGCUACAUAUUUGGGUAUUAAGAGAGAGCUUGAUGAACUAGUUCAGAAAAAGCUUUCAGAUCCGAAAUUGGACAUGGAGCGUCAUGAAGAACUUCUAAAAGCUGUGAGAUUGUUGGUCUCUGAGGACCGCUGUGAAGGAAGAUUCGUGUUUGGGCGUCAGAUUUCGAAAAAAGCUGAAAAAGAUAUUCGAUCUGUUUCUGCCAAUGGAGGCCAUAUUAAUGCAAAAUCUCACCUCCAGACCUUGCUGGCCCGAGCUGGACAUGAACCGCCAUCCUACAAGACGAAACAAUGGAACAACAACAAGUUCAGAUCAGUGGUUAUGUUCAACGGACUAGAUUUUAUGGGACAGCCCUGUGGUAGUAAGAAAGAGGCGGAGAAAGAUGCUGCAGCAGAGGCUCUCACGUGGUUGACUGGCGAUAGCCAUUCAUCUGAAAAGACCGUCGAGCACAUGUCCUCCCUUCUGAAGAAAAGCAAGAAGAAACAGCAAAUUUCUGCUGCAAGAUGGAGGCCCCGCCAUAUAAACCUGAGGACACCUUGCACCGACGAAAAUUGUUAUUGUCUCGCAAUUGGGACAUCUUCUCUGGACGCUAUCACAUCCAUCACCACCGCUCUCGGCGUCAUGAUCCCCACGAACUUCUCGGCCACGCUCUCCGCUAGUCCGACAAGAUUUUCAUAA